UUUACAGGCAACCUUUCAAAGAGUCUUCAAGAGUGAACUUAGGUUGCCAACCGCCAAUAAACACCAAAGAAGAAGAAGAAGAAGAAGAGUGAACUUGUCCUUUACUGUGUUUUUGGUAUUUGCAAUAGAAGCAAUGGUUUCGUUGUCGCUAAAUUCACUAAAACAGAUCAUGAAAGCGGUGGUGGAUAGUCCUGGAUUUGAUCGGGUUUUAAGUAAGGUUGAAAUACUGUCUGCAUCCCCUGGGAAAGUGGUGUGCGAGAUGAAGGUGGAGGAGGAACACACUAACAGAGUAGGCAAUCUUCACGGAGGACUGACAGCCACGCUGGUGGAUAUGAUCUCCACUACUGCCAUCAUGUACAGUGAGAGAGGAGCUCCUGGGGUCAGCGUGGACAUGAACAUAACAUACAUGAAUGCAGCUAAAAUUGGAGAAGACAUCCUGAUCACUGCGCAGGUUUUAAAACAAGGAAGGACUCUGGCAUUUGCAACAGUGGAUCUCACCAACAAGGCAAACGGAAAACUCAUCGCUCAAGGAAGACACACUAAACACCUUGGUAGCUAAUCAUGUACAUGCUCUGUAAAUUAUGUAGUUCUUUAUGAUAUAUAAUAAAAGUCCAGCAUAAAAAUA